UUCUGAGGUUGGGUCAUGGAAAAGGAACAUGAAUAUUUCUUAGAUUUUUCUAUAUUUGAAUCAAAGUAUUCCACUUAGAGUGUUAAGUUCUAAAUUAUAGAAGAGGUUUGUUUUAUGAUCCAUAAACCAGAAAAUAGUUACAGUGUUUUAUUACUACCUAUUUCAGUUUUAGUUUUGGGUGAUAAUUUUUUUUAGUUCAUGCUCAUGUUCUGUGUUCUUUCCAUUGUGCACUAUCCCAGAUGUAAUGACUGAGCUGAAGGUUAUAACUUUCUUUAUACACAUAUUCAUUACUGUACUUUGGGAAUAUGUGAUUUGCAACCUAAAUAAUGGAGUAUAAUAUAUUAAUAUUUUUAAAUAAUUUAUAAGGUAAUUAGCAAUUUAAAUUUACUUUGUUAGAAGUUCUAUGCUUAAAUUUGAAGGAAAAAUGUUUAGAAUGCCCUAUUUUGUAAUUAUUCCCAAAACAAGGAGAUAAUAUUGAUUGCAUUACAAUUGUUUUAGCAAAUGUGCCUUAUAGACAUUAUUUAGGUCUUUUUUUUUCUUAAUCAAACUACAGUGAACGUGGGGCUCGAACUCAUCUCCCCAAGAUCAAGAGCCGUAUGCUUUACUGACUGAGCCAGCCAGGUGCCCCUCAAGGGCUGUUGUUUUAAAGUCCUCUCUCGCCUUUUUCUUUCUUUCUUCUAUGCAUUAUCACGAAAUGCUAUAGAUAGCUGGUGGUGAUUACAUUUGAGAAUAAAGUUUGGUUUGUAUUUUUGUUUUUAGAGGUACGGCCUACAUAAUUGACCAAUGAAAAGAUAUACAGCUGCGAUUUCAUGGUCGGUGCUACAGAAGUUACUCCAAAUAUAGAACCUUUUCUCUGUGGCAACAAUUUUGAUCUAGGCGAAGAUGGUGGCCUGAAAGUGGAUGAUCACAUGCACACGUCUCUCUCUGAUAUCUAUGCUGCAGGUGACAUCUGCACUGCGUCAUGGCAGCCCAGCCCAAUGUGGCAGCAGAUGAGACUUUGGACCCAGGCUAGACAGAUGGGGUGGUACGCAGCCAAGUGCAUGGCUGCAGCUACUUUAGGAUACUCUAUUGACAUGGACUUCAGCUUUGAACUUUUUGCUCAUGUAACAUUUUUCAACUAUAAGGUUGUACUACCAGGAAAAUACCAUACAUGGGGCUGAGGUUCAGAUCAUGAAUUAAUGCUGAGAUGUACCAAAGGACAAGAACACAUCAAAGUCGUCAUGCAGAAUGGGAGAAUGAUGGGAGCUGUCUUAAUUUUAAAUCAUAUGGAUCUUUCAUCAUAUGAAGAAGGUCUGCUAGAUUCAAAUAUUGAUAUACAUUAUUUUGAUUUAAAAAGGCAUUUCAAGAAUUACAUAAAGUUCCAAGUAACACAAGAAAGUCACAAUAAGAUUCCUGCCUGUCUCCUGUGUUCAUCUGGACCCAGCACAGUACCAUUUAAAGCAUCCCAUAAGCUUUAAUGUAUUUUUUCAUUAUAUAAAGAGUCAGUUACCUUGAAACAACUCUGUGUGGGCUUCUUUACUUGCAUGGUAAUAACAUGCGCCUCAUUAUUUAGAAGAUGAGCUUUAGGUCCUAUUUUCAAAUAUGAAAUGGUAGCAUAAGCUGUAAAACUGUAGUCUUCUCUGUGGAAGAUAAAGGCCAACAAUCAGAAAGCUUUUAAGAAAUUACAGAAAAACUAAAAUUUAUAAAAACAACCAUAAGUGCAAUAACUUUAAUAUGUGGAAUAUGAAACUUGUGAAAAAUUAAAAUACUUUCUGUAAGUUGUAUUUUUUUUGACAUACAAUGAUCAGUUAAAGUUUAUUAGGUAAAUUUUAUAUGGCAUUAAAGAGUUUCACAUGAGACAACUGGAAAACCACUUGCUUUGUUGCAGUUAUGAGAAACAUAAAGACAACACCAAAGGACAAGAAAUGGAUCUGUAUAUACUUAAGAU